AAUUUUUUUGUGUGGUAUUAGCCAUAUUACCUAUUUAAUAAUUACUAAUUAUUACUAAUUACAAUCUUUUAUUUCCUUUUGAAUAUUUCGUGACGACAAAUAGUUCCUAAGUUAAUCACCUAGAUGGUGCUAGUAGGCAGUCCAUAACAUGUCGCGGUUUCGUAGCCGUUUUCUGCCUGUGCAAAGCAUAGGCCGUUGGGUAACCAGUAUAUCUUUAAUCGUGGCUACGAUCGCUAAAACACUGCUGCACGUUUCGGCCGCCGACACCGCCGCGCUGAUAUCGAUGAAGUCGUCCAAUCCCAAACCAGCACACCGAGACAGCGACGCCGUGUAGAACGAAAUCAUUACGCCGCCUGUGGCCCGCUGUUGUCAUUUGGUCCAUAUUUCAACAAAGACGCGCCGUGUCGCCUCUUCGAUUGGGUACUUCGUCUUCGUUGUUCAGUCGCUUUCACGGUUUGUCUCGUCUGCCCCACAUCAAAGACGAAUUCACAGGCAACUAACGUUCACUACCGCACAGUGACAUAGCCACUCUUGCAAUUAUUGUUCUGAAGAUUAGAAGAGUAUCCCAAAAUGGAUGAAAUGGAUGAUUCCCCAGAAGUGCACCUUACAUGCCCGGCUCCGAGACAUGAGUGCAUAAUGAAUGGAAAUUAUGAAUUCUAUAUUCACGGCUCACUAGUUAUGGAUCCAGCCAGCAUACAAUUUAAAACUUUACCAUUUCAGCAUAUUAUAAAUCAAGUUGUUCCACCGAUAUGUAUUGAUUUCACACCAAUUAUAUCACUUGCGGGAUUAAAUAAUGUGCGCAAUCAUCUUGGUGUGGAAUUUUAUUUGUCAUUAUCAGAUGUUCAAAAAAUUUGCCCAACAAACAGAGGUGGAAAACAGGCUAGCCUAUUGCAGAUCCGUAUUGGAGAACGUCUAUCAGGGAUGAGCAAGUUGUCAGAAGAAUUACCACAACCAGUAUUAAUGUCUAUCAAUUCUAAACAAAUACUUAUGAACGAUUUAAAAAGCCCUAUAAAUGUUAAUGCUAUUGAUUAUUUGCACUUAAAUACUGUUGAUGCUAAUGAGAUCACAAUUUCUUGGCCGCCUUGUAAAAGAAUAUAUUAUAUGUUGGUUAACUUGGUGGAUAUAAUUAGUGUUGAAGAAUUGGUGGAAGACAUAAAAAUGGACAAUGAUCGAUUUUGUUUAGCUUUAGAAACAAAAAAAAAAGCCAUGGAAUUGUUGAAAAAUUCUAGUAAAGAUUUGAAAACCUUUAACUUGACUCUUUUAUGUCCAAUAAAUAAAUCAAAAAUGAUUCUGCCUGUCAAAUCUGUCAAUUGUCAUCAUUUACAGUGUUUUGACCUGCAAGCUUUCAUUUAUUCGAAUAAGAUAGUACCCACAUGGAUCUGCCCUAUAUGUACAAAGGACUGUAUUUUGGAUGAUUUGAAAAUAGACUCGUUCCUUUUAUUUAUUAUCAAUAGUAUAAAAUUACCUAAAACUUGUGAGGAAAUACAACUUGAUGCGAAUGGUAAAUGGAAACCCUGUAUAUUGAACAGUGAUAGUCGUGAAGGUAUUUUGGGUACAUCUUGCUCUUUAAAAAAAACUAUUCUUGAAAUUGAUUUGGGUAACUCUGAUGAUGAAGAAUUUUGUGAUUUUGUAAAAACAGGAUUACCGAUAAAAAGUGCAGGAAAUUCCAAUGGUUCAAAACCAAAAAUUUGUAUGAAUACCACUUCAAACACUUUGGAGAUUAAAACAGAAGAACCACUUUUCAAAAUUAUAAAAAAAGAAGAAACUAAUGAUUAAAUAAAUUAUAUAAUAUAAUACGGCUUUUUAAAUGUAGUACCUAAGAUUAUAUAACAUCCAGAUAUUCGAGUGUUUUUUUUUAUGUAAUAAUAUUAAAUAGAUGUUCUAAUAAAUUAAGAACUAUUUUAUCGAUUGUUAAACAUUUAAAUCAAAUAAUAUUUAAAAAUAUAUGAAAAGCAAAGCAACGGA